AUGAUACAAAUCAUUUGGUUCAGCUUUUUGCUUUACAUCGUUUUGGCUAAGAAUGGAAGUAUCUCUCCGCUAAAUCUCGACAUCGAUGACAUUACAUGGGAUGACUGUAGCAAUGGGUACUUCUCAACUAGUUUCAACAUCCUUGAUAAUAGCAAUUUGGAAUCGAUUCUGGGUUCAGGCAUUGAUAUUCAUAACAGCGAACUAGAAAUUUCUGCUGAGAAUUUGCAAAAUAGCAUUUCAUUUCAUUCUUCGCACUUCGAUUUUACUGAUUUGUGGAAAAAUGAACACAGAAGCAAUGAGAAUUCGAAAAUCGAAACCGUUCCAAUCACAACAGGAAAUUACCAGUUGCAAGAAUUAUCGAGAACAGAUGGCGAGAAUAUGCAUGCUAGUAUUUCGUCCGAUCCUCUGCACUUCCUAGAUUUCACUCAUUUCCGCAAAAUUGAAGUUGCAAGCACUGAGCAACUCGAAAUAAAAUCUGAUCUCGUUAAUGCAAAAAACUUGGAGUUAUUUGUUCUACAAAAUCCCACCAUUACAGACGAGAAAAAUUAUGUGUGUCCCCAUGUCGGGUGUACUAUGAAAACUAAGAACUACAAUGAAUACGUAGCUCACAGGAAAACACACCCCGAACCUUUUAUUUACGAAUGCAAAGUGCCCGGUUGUGGGUUAAUAUUUAAUUAUCGUUCAUCGUUGUUAUCGUUCAAUAUUUCGUCCGAUCCUCUGCACUUCUUAGAUUUCACUCAUUUCCGCAAAAUUGAAAAAAAAAAAAAAAACUGUGGCAGAAUUUUCAGCUAUAAUAAAAAUUACGAGUGUCCCCAUGUCGGAUGUACAAUGAAAACAAAGAGUCACAAGGAAUACAUAACUCACAGAAGAACGCAUCCCAAACCUUUUAUUUAUGAAUGUAAAGUGUUCGGCUGUGGAUUAACAUUCAAUCACCAUUCAUCGUUGUUCAGUCAUCAGGAAAGACACUGCCCUAAACUUCGGUGUGAAAACUGUGGCAAAAUUUUCAUCCAUAAGAAAAAUAUGAACUAUCAUAGACAGUGCUGCACUAAAGUCCCACGUUAG